CUCUCUAACUCUUAAGGAAAAGAAUACAAUGAAGGAGAGUGAAGAAGAGAACUUCGUGACGCCGGGUGAUAUGCUGGGGAAAGCUCUAGAGUUGAAACCUGGCUACGGCGCUUACUUCUUGUCCCACGAUAAAGCCAUAAACGCCUCUGUCACUGGAUUCCGCUCUCUCACUCCUGCCCCUCCCGACUCCGACGACCCGAGGGCGACGGUGGAGGUGAAGGGUCACAAGGCACACGGUCCGGUGCCGGAGCCCGGAGUUGUCGUUACUGCAAGAGUUACGAAGGUGAUGGCUAAAAUGGCUUCCGCAGAUAUAGUAUGUGUAGGGCCCAAGUCCGUACGAGAAAAAUUCACAGGCAUCAUUAGGCAGCAAGAUGUCAGAGCGACGGAGAUUGACAAAGUAGAAAUGCACUCCUUGUUCCGUCCUGGCGUCAUAGUCAAAGCUUUAGUUCUGUCCCUUGGUGAUGCUCGAGCUUAUUAUUUGCCGACUGCAAAAAAUGAACUUGGUGUUGUUUCAGCAGAAAAUGUUGCAGGUGCAACAAUGGUUCCUAGAUGCAGUGCCCUCUAACAGGUCAAACUGAGCAUAGAAAGUCGUGAAGAUCGACGUCGUCUGAAAAUAGGAUCCCAAAUUGGGAAAUUGGUGGAUGGGCUUUGGUGUUAGCACCUUAGUGGGCUACUGGCCCACCGAGCUAUUCACCCAUCUAACGGACCGGGCCACGAUGGUCGAGUGCAGCGGCGAGGUCGUGAAUUCCCGGGCCAACGACCAACACACGUCGACCCAAAUGGGCUCGGGCCAUUACGUGGAAGCCGGGUUCGGAAAAGCAAGCUAUUUUCGUAACCUAGAGAUCGUUGACUCCGACAAUAGUCUAAGAUCGGCCCAAGAAAUAUCAACUUCGGCUGAGAGCACGAAUUGUUACUACAUCAAGAAAAAGCCCGCAGUGCCCGUAAUCAUAAGGCAUCCGGCCCAGCCCGAAGUCUGAAUUCUUUUUCUAGUUUACUAAGAUUUGUAGAAUUGGUGCUAUUUCCAAUUCCGACCAUGUUUUUGCUCGUUUCGAUUUUCAAGUUUUGUAUGUGUUUGUGGGGAAGGAAGUGUAUUAGAUAAGCAUAAAACAUGUAAGGGAAUAGUUAUAUUUUAUUUGGAAAAAGGUAAUUAUUAAUCGUAUAAAGUGUGGUUUUGUAUUUC